AAGUGAGUUUACAAACCUUGUUUCGUUUUUCGUAUAUAUAAUAAUACUCAUGAUCGUUUCGUUUUUUCCUAACGUUCUUCCCUUCUCUGAAUUCCACCAUCACCUUCUUCUUCUCCCUGAUUCCAAAUCCCUAACUAUAUUCUCCCCCAAAACCCUUCAAUUUUCAUAUAACUACCCAUAAAAUUAACCAAAAAAACAAACCUUUCUUCUAUUUUCUAUAUGGGAAGAACUGGAUUAUUUGAUCUUGAAAAGCAUUUCGCUUUCUAUGGAGCUUAUCACAGUAAUCCGAUUAAUAUAGCGAUUCAUGUGUUAUUCGUUUGGCCAAUUUUGUUCUCAGCCCUUGUUUUUCUCUACUUUGCUCCUCCCUUUUUUAAUCUGCCGAAUUUCGAGUUUUUACUAUUUGGGAAUAGAUUUGUGUUGGUUUGGAAUUUAGGGUUCUUGUUUACUUUAGUAUACUCGGUUUUUUAUGCUAGUUUGGAUCUGAAAGCUGGUUCUUUGGCUGCUUUGCUUUGUGUUGUUUGUUGGGUUGGUGGCAGUUAUGUUGGUUAUCAACUUGGAUGGUCUCUAGCUUGGAAGGUUGUUCUGGUUGUUCAGCUGGUAUGUUGGAUAGGACAGUUCAUUGGUCAUGGUGUAUUUGAGAAACGGGCACCUGCUCUUUUGGAUAACCUCACUCAGGCUUUAGUAAUGGCUCCUUUCUUUGUAUUGCUUGAGAUUGAAGACGUGUAUGACAUCCAACACAUGUUGCCAUGUUGGUGUACGACUGUAACAUAUUCUGCAGACUGUAUUUGGUUAUGAACCAUAUCCAGGAUUUCAUUCAACUGUGCAAGCAAAAAUUGAAGCUAAUAUUGAGGAAUGGCAAGACAGUAAGCAGAGACUAAUUUCAUAGGUUCUGCUUGGUUUGAUGUUAAACGAUCUUUACAUCAACAAAAAUGAAGAAUAAAAAGCUACAGAUCUUGUAUAUAUUAAAAUGGCAUAUAUGGCUUUUCAGGAUAA